AUGGCGCAUCGGACGGCCGGGUCGCUAACUAUCGCACCGCAUGUACGGAAUGUGACUGGCUUCAACGAGUACUUCCUCCGCGCCGGCCCCUCUAACACGUUCCUGGAGGAAUAUUGGCGUCAUCUGAACUGCACCGAGUUCCCGUCCGUCCAGAACUUUGGCCAAUGCUUUGCCGCCAUCAACAUGACCUUCAAGCAGGAGGCUUUCGUCCCCUUUGUCGUGGAUGCGGUCAAGACUGUCGCACAUGCCAUCAAUACGUACAUUAAGAAAAGCUGUGAUCUGGUCGCUUUUCACAAAUGUUCGUUGUCAACUAGCGGAUUUAAUGGAACCGAGCUGCAACGACAUUACCGGAAUAUCAGCUUUACGCCCUUCGAACCAGCCAUCAUCGACGAGAAGGGCGACGGAAUUGGACGUUAUGACAUCUUUCAAGUCGACGAAUUCGGAGCGUACGUGAAGGUCGGCAAAUGGCGAUCAACGGAAGGGCUUCGCGUAGAGGUGGAGAAGAUCCGCACCGGCUUCCGCAGCGAUGUCCUCCCGAUUUCUGUCUGUUCCCAGGAUUGUGGCCGGGGUCAAUACCGUGUCUACCAAGAUCAGACAUGCUGUUGGGCAUGUGUCCCCUGCGAUCCGACCACGUCUAUUGUCAUCAAUGUUACGAUCUGUACGGAAUGUCCACUUGGCCAGGUGCCAAAUCAGCAGCUAACAGCCUGUCGACCCAUCCCACCAGUUUCUCUAAAAUGGGACUCGCUCUGGGCCAUUCUACCGGCUGCAUUCGGGGCUCUCGGGCUGACUGCGACGAUUUUUGUCGUUUCGGUGUUUUUGAAGUUCAGCAAUACACCUGUGAUUAUGGCCUCCGGACGCGAAUUGUGCUACUGUAUGCUGACGGGAAUUGGUCUAUGCUAUAUUCUGACCUUCUUCCUCGUCUCCCAGCCGUCGGCAGCCGCAUGCGCCACUUCACGAGUGUUGAUCGGGCUGUCAAUGUCUGCCAUCUACGCCGCCAUCAUCACCAAGACGAAUCGAUUGACUAGGGUGUUUUCGCCCGCAUCUGCGCAGAGGCCACGUUUCAUCACUCCAAAGGCGCAGGUUGGCAUCUGCCUAUGCAUCGUCUCGGUGCAGCUGGUCGGCUCUCUGAUUUGGCUCAUAAUGGAUCCACCCGGGACCACGAUUAUUUAUCCAUCGCGGACGGAGGCUGUACUCACUUGCAAGGCAACCGCUACCCAUCUCCUCGUCUCCCUCGCCUACAACCUCCUCCUCAUCGUCGCGUGCACCAUCUACGCCUUCAAGGCCCGCAAAAUCCCGGAGAAUUUCAACGAGACGCGCCUCAUCGGCUUCACCAUGUACAGCACCAGCAUUUUGUGGCUGUCAUUUGCGCCCAUCUACUUUGCGACGCAGAACAACUUUCGGAUUCAAAUCACGUCGCUUUGUAUGUGUAUAUCGAUGUCGGGCACCGUCGCGUUGGCCUGUUUUUUUGCGCCUAAGGUGUACAUCGUCCUCUUCCAACCCUACAAAAAUGUGCGCACACGGCAUUCGGCCGUCGGUCGACUCGUCAACCAACAAAUGCGAUUUAUUAGCCAAAUGACGACGCACGUGCAGGAUGGGAAACCCGUACCCUCGAAUGCAUCAUCCAAAGCCCCAAUCACCCUCUCCACCUCUUAUCGACCACCCGAUUCUGAAGAGAGCUCCUCACACAGCCUGUUACGCUCACAGCAUUUGCGAGCCUCUUCGGUGGAGGGGUUGCACAAGCGGCGCACCAUUUCAGCGUCAGGCCAUCAUCCAACAGCCGAAGAGCUGCGAAAAGCCAAUGGCGGCGAGCGGAGAUUUAGCAAAUCUGUGCGCGUCACCAAGGAGGGCAUGGAACGGUUGCGGCAGAGCAUGAGAUUUGGAAAAAAGAAGGAGCCAAAGCAGCCGGUCAAAGAGGAAAAGGACCCACUCCCAACCACGAAGGUGCCGCCAGCCAUGGCCGGGUCAAAGUCUUUCACGAGUCGCGCCGAGCUGCGCGGCCCCUCGCCCUUGACGCAGAAGAGGUCCCUACAGGAAUGCCGUGCGGGUCCGGCCCCUUCCGAGGAUUCGGUGGGUGAACGAGUAACGUCAUCUCGUGAGAUCACCUCAUCCCCCUCAUCGCAGCUCGAGCUGCUCCUCGAGGAAAUUGCCGCCAGCACCCAUUCCACAUUUUUG